CGCUAGGAAAAUCACGGAGCUGGGACCUUACCACCUCUCUCUCUGUCUGUCGCUCUCUCUCUCUCGCUCGCUCGCUCGCUCGCUCUCUCUCCCUGGCCGUCAGCGGACUCCUUUCUCUGCACACGUCUUCUGCCUGAAAUGUGUGUGCGCGCCACAGAGAGAGGAGGAAUAAAGUGUGUGUGUGCGUGUGAGGGUGCAUGUCCGGAGCGAGUAAAGGCAGGGGGAUUAUUCGGCGCUAUCGAAAUAUUUCAACACGUCGCCCUCGCUGCAGGACCGAGGCCAAUAAGAGGGAACGCAUUUUAACAGGAAUGCCGAUAUUGUAAACAGCAGCGGAAGGAGAAAGAAUGCGCCGCAGUCAAUUAAGUGACUCACCCGAGUUGGUUUAAUUCGACUAAUGUCCGCAAGCCAGCGAGGCACACAGAGGUGUCCGAUGCGCGUCAGGCUCUGAACAAAAAAUCCCGUCUCCGCAGCACUUCUGGCGACUAAUGGAGAGCGUUUUCACGUCUCUGCGUGCGGACUUCUGAUUCCCAGAGAGAGAGAAGAAGAAGAAGAAAAAUCAGCGACCGACUGAAGACAUUUCGCCGCAACUCGUGAACAAAAAUAAAUAAAUAAGUGGAUUCUUAUUUCUGCAGAGUUGAAGGAGGAAUUUCCAGACGAUUGCCAACUCCCAGCUUCAUUUUUGACCUCUUUUUUUUUCUUUUCUUUGUUUUUUUUUUUUUUUUAAUUAUUUUCUACCCGUCUGCUCCUUCUUGUACGCGGGCUCCACUGUUGUUGUAGCAAAUAGUGUUUCACCUCCAGCCACUCGUCUGCGUUUGUUGCCUGCACUUGGCUGAACUUCCUGAUGAGAGAUCCAGUCAUACAAGGAUCAAGUAUGGCAUAUCAUCCGUUUAUACCUCACCGGGGUCCGGAAUUUGCCAUGAGUGCAAUGCUGGGUCACCAGCCUCCUUUCUUCCCGGCUCUGGCGCUGCCUCACAGCGGCUCCCUGUCUCUGCCUGGCGCCCUGGGAAAGCCGAUCAUGGACCAGCUGAUGGGAGCCGCGGAGACCGGCCUCCACUUCUCUUCGCUGGGGCACCAGGCUGCGGCCGCCCACCUCAGGCCUCUGAAGACUCUGGAGCCUGAGGAGGAGGUGGAGGACGACCCCAAAGUUCACCUGGAAGCCAAGGAGCUUUGGGAACUCUUCCACAAGAGGGGCACUGAGAUGGUGAUCACAAAGUCCGGAAGACGGAUGUUCCCCCCGUUCAAAGUGAGGUGCACCGGCCUGGACAAGAAGGCCAAAUACAUUCUGUUGAUGGAUAUAGUAGCAGCUGACGACUGCAGGUACAAGUUUCACAACUCCCGCUGGAUGGUGGCGGGCAAGGCCGACCCCGAAAUGCCAAAGAGGAUGUACAUUCACCCGGACAGUCCGGCGACUGGUGAACAGUGGAUGUCAAAAGUCGUCAAUUUCCACAAGCUCAAGCUGACGAACAACAUCUCCGACAAGCAUGGAUUUGUAAGUUCAACUAAUACCAUUCUGAACUCCAUGCACAAAUAUCAGCCCCGCUUUCACAUCGUGAGGGCCAACGAUAUUCUCAAACUCCCGUACAGCACCUUCAGGACUUACGUUUUCCCCGAAACGGAUUUCAUCGCCGUGACCGCUUAUCAAAAUGACAAGAUAACCCAGCUGAAGAUUGACCACAAUCCAUUCGCCAAAGGGUUCCGUGACACGGGCAAUGGAAGGCGGGAAAAGAGACCUGAGAGCUGUGUGAUCACCACCCGUAAUAACCUGGGUACUUGUGUGAACAGGAAACAGCUGGCCCUGCAAUCCAUGCGUUCAUACGAGGAGCAGCAGAAAAAGGAGAACGGGGCUUCAGACGACUCCUCCGGAGAGCAGGCUUCCUUUAAGUGCUUCGGCCAGGCCUCGUCCCCUGCCGUGUCCACCGUGGGCCCCCCACACCUGAAAGACUUCUGCGACAGCGACGAGGACAGCGACGACGAGAGCAAAGACGGACACACGAAAGACGGCCCGGACUCCAGCAAGAUCUCCACGACCACGGAGGACGGGAAGGAUCACGAGGCGAGCCCGGCUAAGGGGCACCCCUUUAGUAACAGUGACACUGGCAGCAGGAACCGCGACGGCGGUCCCAGGACUGAGAAGAGUCAGGCGGACUCGCGGCAGAGCCCCAUCACCGUCAUCUCCAGCACCACCCGCUCCGGAGAAGACUUGAAGAGCCCGAGCCUGGACCAGCCCAAAUCGGACGAGUGCAGGCCGAUCGGCAAGGACAGUUUCAUGCCUUUGACCGUUCAGACGGACAGCCCGCACAUAGGCCACGGCCACUUGCAUAAUUUUGGAUUUCCAACGGGCCUAACGGGACAGCAGUUUUUCAAUCACCUCGGGAGCGCGCAUCCGUUUCUCUUGCACCCCAGUCAGUUCAACAUGGGGGGGUUCUCAAACAUGGCCGCGGGCAUGGGCCCACUAUUGGCGGCCGUGUCCUCGGGAGGGGUGAGCACCAUGGACACGACGAGCAUGGCAUCCUCCGCGCAGAGCUUGACGGGAGCGCCAGGCCUGCCCUUCCAUCUGCAGCAACAUGUCUUGGCAUCGCAGGGCAUCGCCAUGUCUCCGUUUGGCAGUUUGUUCCCCUAUCCGUACACGUACAUGGCAGCAGCUGCGGCAGCCUCCUCGGCCGCCGCCUCCUCCUCGGUGCACCGGCACCCCUUCCUGAACGCAGUGCGGCCCCGACUCAGGUACAACCCCUACUCGCUCCCGAUGACGGUACCGGACAGCACCCUGCUCACCACCGCCAUACCCUCCAUGGCCGGCGGCGGGAGCGAGCUGAAAGGAGAGGGCAUCGUCCCGGCCAGCCCCGUGUCCGCUGUCACCCUGGAUUCCACAUCGGAGGUGACCAGCCACUCGUCCACCAUUUCCUCCGGCUCGGUGUCCAUGUCCCCAAAAACUUGCACGGAGAAAGACGCGGCCAACGAGCUGCAGAGCAUCCAGCGCCUGGUCAGCGGACUGGAUUCAAAUCAGGACAGGCCCCGGAGCGGCUCCCCCUAGGAGUUCCUCUCUCUUUCCUUUUUUUUCCCUUUCUUUUUUUUUUUUCUUUUUUUUUAAAAAAACACACCACCUGCUUCUCGUUUUCGUUGUUGUCAUGAAAAGUGAAAAGUGUUGACGGUGAUGAAGACAUUCACAGUAGGAGGACACCCUCAUAGACCCAUGCAGGUUUUUUGUUUUUUUUUUUUGUUUUUUUUUUUUUGUUUUUUUUUUGUUUUUUUUUUUAAGAGAGAGAGAAAGAAAGAAAAGAAAGAAAAAAAUCAAUAUAAAAACAAACAAACACGAACUGUUGGACGUUUUUUAGUUUCUGAAAUGCACUUUGGUUUAAUAUACAUCAUGUAUUUUUUUUUCUCUUUUUGUUUUUGUUAAAUUAAACAAACAACACUUUUUAAUCCUGUCAUUUGAAUAGCCUACCGUACAAGUAUUGAAAAUUUCAAAAAAAACAAAAAACAAAAAAAACUUAAAAAUAAAGUUUGGCAUGGGUGUGACUCGACAGAUUUAGGAGAAGUUGCUGCUGUGUCCCCUCUCCUAACUUUUUAUCCCUUACAUGAGGAGAAAUGUGGUUUUUUUUAUAUAUAUAUGCACUCUGAAUUGAAUUGAUUUGAACUUGAUUUGAUUUCACUUCCGUCUCACCUACCUUUAUAAAGACUGCUGUAUUUUGUUGUACACUUUCAAUUGAUCCAUUGGCCAAAUGUUGCAUGCCUCCUCCUCCUCCAAAAACAACCCCAACGAAUGUUAAUUUAACACUAAAAAACUGAAACGAAAAGUAUACAAACAUUAUGUUUUAAUUCUACCUGAAAAUAAUCAACACGUGCCCCUUUGUUUCUUCUUUCCAAAACUGUUUCCAACAUAUGUUUUUUUUUCCUUCAUGAAAUCAGAUCAGGACCUCUUUUUUUCUUUUUUCUUUUUUCUUUUUUUUUUACACAAACAUGAUCCGAGCAUGCGGAAUCCAGCCCCAAGUGUCCAACAGGCAAAGGGAAGCAGAAAUUGAAAUAUUACAAAAAAAUACAUGAAAAAAAAAUGAAAGGAAGUAUUGAUUAAAAGGUGUACAUAGGGAUAUAUAAAAUAUUUAUGUAAUUAUUUCAUAUUGUUAUUGCGUGUAAAUACAACGGAGUAGUUUGUUUCUAGGGAUAUGUUCUUAAUUUAUUGUCGAUAUACCUGUGUAAAGAUAGUUUGUGGGCUGUUAUCCUUUUGUUGCCAUCUUGCAUUUAUUACCCCCUCUUUAAAAAAAAUAUGGACUUUAACUCCUCCCCCGCCCCCAAAUAUCCACUGAGCUAGUUAUUCACACUCAUGUGCCAUUGUACUUUUCAUUUGUUGUCCCCCGUGUGUGAAGUGCUACUGUUUUUUAAAAAAGAAAAAAAAAA